UGUGUUGUUUUCCAGGUUGUUCGGAGGCGGCGAACCUGUGGUCACCGACAGUGAUGGGACAAUAAGCGUCGUGGGUGGGGGGAGCGAAGGCCAGCCUGGAGAGGAAGGGAGGAGAGAGGAACCCCAUGGGAGGCAGUGGAGACGUGGAGGAGACAGCAGAGGGAAAGGAGGCACAGGUGGACAGUGGAGGGAUGGAUUCCGAGGCGGAUUCGCUUGGGCAGAAUGAUGCCCUGAGCCCUGGAGAAGAAGGUAGCGAGAAAAGAACGCCUCUUAUUAUGAACGCUGAUGGAGUUCACGGUGACCGAGGCUUCCCAGGUGUGGCUGAGUAUGGCGAAGAGGCCUAUGUGUCGCGCAGUAAUGCCACGGCCCCAGAAAAGCCUCCUGCAGUCAAGGCCGAAGUGAGCGACACCACCCCCAGAGGUGUGAGGAGCAGGUUGUAG